UGAGGCAUGUUUUAACCCUAAACCACACAGUGUUGUACACUAUGUGACUUAUUACGAAGUGUUGUAUUACACCUGCAAUUUACCGUGAUGCAAACACCUUUGUACAAAGCCUCGUUUUUUUUGUAAUUUUUUAUUUUUUUUUUUAACCUGAGAAUUGCUUUUUUAUGAACCAGCUAGAAAAAAAACAGCCAAUCCGCGUCACAGAAACUAUCAUGCAAACCUGACUGAGGCGGAGUUGCAGACUGAGUGAGCGAGGGACCUAGCAAAUUCAGCAAAAGACAUUCGCUGUGCGUCCUACAACAGAGGAAUUCUAAAGGGAAACAUAUUUUUAAAGGAGCAUAUUAUAUAUAUAUAAUUAUCUUUGCUGUUUUAGGGUCCAAGUUAUUCCUUUAACACCAUGACAUCUGUGGAUUUGGAGAAGCUGCGGAUGACUGGAGACGGGAGAUCUAUCGCCGUGCUGACAAGUGGUGGGGAUGCACAAGGUAUGAAUGCAGCGGUUCGAGCCGUCACUCGUAUGGGAAUGUAUGUUGGAGCUAAAGUUUAUUUAAUUUAUGAGGGUUACCAAGGUCUAGUGGAUGGAGGGGAUAACAUUAAACUGGCAAACUGGUUGAGCAUCUCCAAUAUCAUACAGCUGGGUGGCACCAUCAUUGGCAGUGCCCGCUGUAAGGAGUUCACCACGCGGGAGGGGAGACUGUCCGCCGCCUACAAUCUGGUCCAGCGAGGCAUCAGCAACCUGUGCGUGUGCGGCGGGGACGGCAGCCUCACCGGAGCAAACAUCUUCCGGACAGAGUGGAGCGGGCUGCUGGCAGAGCUCGUCGAAGCAGGGAAGAUCACAGAAGCCCUCUCCCAGCAAUACACAUACCUGAACAUUGUGGGGCUGGUGGGCUCCAUUGACAAUGACUUCUGUGGCACUGACAUGACGAUCGGGGCUGACUCCGCCCUGCACAGGAUCAUGGAGGUCAUCGAUGCCAUCACCACCACUGCUCAGAGUCACCAGAGAACCUUCGUGUUGGAAGUCAUGGGGCGGCACUGUGGGUACCUGGCUCUGGUGUCGGCUCUGGCCUCGGGUGCAGACUGGCUCUUCAUACCUGAGUCGCCCGCUGCAGAUGGUUGGGAGGAUCGCAUGUGCGAGCGACUGGGGGAGACCCGCAGCAAGGGAUCCCGACUGAACACGGUCAUUAUGGCUGAGGGAGCAAUCGACAGAUAUGGCAAACCUAUUUCCUCAAACUACGUGAAAGAGCUUGUGGUGAAGCGUCUCGGGUUCGAUACGAGGGUGACUGUCCUGGGGCACGUGCAGCGAGGGGGGACACCCUCUGCCUUCGACAGAGUCCUGAGCAGUAAGAUGGGGAUGGAGGCGGUGCUGGCCCUGCUGGAAGCGACUCCGGAGACCCCAGCCUGUGUGGUCAGCCUGUCCGGGAACCAGGCCGUGCGCCUGCCGCUCAUGGAGUGUGUGCAAAUGACCAAGGAAGUGCAGAAGGCCAUGAACGAGCUGAGAUUCGAUGAAGCUAUACAGCUGCGUGGGAAGAGCUUUGAAAAUAACUGGAACACUUACAAGCUGCUGGCACAUCAGAAACCUUCCCAGUCAAAGAGUAACUUCUCCUUGGCUAUUCUGAAUGUGGGGGCCCCUGCAGCAGGGAUGAAUGCUGCAGUGAGGUCAGCUGUAAGAGUUGGUUUGGCACAGGGGCAUAAAGUCUACACUGUCAACGAUGGCUUUGAAGGACUGGCCAGAGGAGCGGUCAAUGAAAUAUACUGGCGGGAUGUAGGCGGCUGGACUGGACAGGGAGGGUCCCUGCUGGGAACAAAGAGAACCCGUCCCAAAACUUGUCUGGAUAAGAUAGUCGAAAACAUUCGCAAAUACAACAUCCAGGCCUUGCUGGUUAUAGGAGGAUUUGAGGCGUAUGAAGGGGUUCUGCAGCUGGUGGAAGCCCGUGGGCACUAUGACGAGCUCUGCAUUGUGAUGUGUGUCAUCCCAGCCACCAUCAGCAACAACGUGCCAGGCACCGACCUGAGCCUGGGGUCUGACACUGCUGUCAACGCUGCCAUGGAGAGCUGUGACAAGAUCAAGCAGUCGGCCUCAGGAACGAAGCGGCGAGUCUUCAUCGUGGAGACUAUGGGUGGCUUCUGUGGCUACCUCGCCACCACCGCUGGCAUUGCUGUUGGAGCCGACGCUGCCUACAUCUUCGAAGAGCCUUUCAAUAUUCACGACCUGAAAGCCAAUGUGGAGCAUCUCACAGAUAAGAUGAAGACGGAUAUACAGAGGGGUCUUGUGCUGAGGAAUGAGAAGUGCCAUCACCACUACACCACGGAGUUCAUACACAACCUGUAUUCUGCGGAGGGGAAGGGUGUCUUUGACUGCAGGAUGAAUGUACUGGGCCACCUGCAGCAGGGUGGGAGUCCCACGCCUUUCGACAGGAACUAUGGCACCAAGCUGGGUGUGAAGGCUGUGCUCUGGAUGACUGACAAACUGAAGGAGACCUACAGACAAGGCAGAGUAUUUGCCGAUGCUCCAGAAACAGCCUGCAUGGUCGGCAUGAGGAGGAAGGUCCUGUCCUUCAACCCUGUCACAGAACUAAAGGAACACACUGACUUUGAGCACCGAAUGCCCAAGGAGCAGUGGUGGCUGAACUUGCGCCCGAUGCUAAAGAUGCUGGCUAAGUACCCCACCAACUUCAACGAGUAUGUCACCGGCGAGAUUGAGCACGUGACCCGCAGAAGCCUCAGUAUAGAGACUGGCUUCUGAAGACCCAGUGCCCAGCCACUCCACCCUGAGCCCUGUGUCUCACGUUCUGUAUCGGCCAGAGGAGACACAUGGUAGUAUCGUUCUCCCAAUAGCUCAGUACAGACUCGUGUUCCUCAGUCUUUUGUUGUCUGUGCCUAACCUUAAAAGCAUCAAGAAACGUCAGCACCUGUAGAGUUGCAGCUACCCCAUGACCUUUUAGAAAGAAGUUUAGGAAGACCAUGACUGUCUAGAAAGAAGCCUUGAUGAAACAGUUCAAUAUGUUUAUGUUCAGGAUGUCGAAUGUUCUUUAAAAAGUAUAUGAGUGUGGAAAAGAAGGAAAAACCACUGCAAUCUUAUAUUACCUUUUUAAAGGAGUUUUUUUCUAUUAAUAUCAGAAAACAAUCCUGUUUCAUUGUAGAACAGAUUGUAGUAUAAAGCCUGUGGUAUUUUGGGUAUGCUUUUUAGAUGGUGUGAAAAUGUCAAUGUCUAGCUUUUAAAAAGGGAUCAUUUCACAACACUCCUGAUAACAGAUGGAGUUUUUACCAGUCAGGCUUUAGAAUGAGAUCACAGCAAAAGGGCGAGUUCAGUUACGGGUACUUUUUUAAUUUCUUCAUUUGUUUUUAAUUAAAAUCUAACAUAUACUAAUGUAAAUAUGUGUUUCUGUUCGAGAAGCAGUGGUGGGGAGUUGAGGCUUUAUCACCAUCAACACUGAAGAUCUUUAUACCUGUCUAGGGAAUGCAGCUUCACUCAAAUCACUCCACUCAAGACAGAAGGUCUAAAGAGAAUUAUGUUAUGGCUUUCAGAACUAGACACUUAACUUGCAGUGAGAUUUCUGUAUAUCGGUGGGUUUUUUUUUGGUUUUUUUUUUGUGCUGAGUUGCUUGUUGCCAAUUGUGUGACCUUAAUUGUUCUAACUUUCCUUUCACGAAGAUGAUGUAAAUUGCACUGUGGAGUAAAGACACUGAUGAAUAUGUCCUGGGAAGUGGCAGUAGCAGUUUGUUGCUGAACAGGCUGUAGGGUUUAAAUUACAAUGCAUUAAUUUCCCUAGCUUCCUGCUUAUAACCGUGAUUGUCUUGAUAUUUUUUUUAUUAACAUAUCCCUGGUCAGUUUGGAUCAGUUAUGUUGGUUUCACAUCUGUUAUGCACUCUCACGACUCCAUUCAUGAAGCAUUUUGAUUGGUUCAUCUGCCUGUGCUCUUUGACAAGAAUUCUACCUGCUUGCUGGUUGGAGCGAAGGUGCAAGAUAUACAGGGGGUGUACCUUCAAACAUACAUGACUAUUUAUGUUUGUACUAAAAACAUGCCUAUGACUUUGUUACACAGAACACUGAUAGCCUAGGCAGUGACCUCUGCUGUCCUAAACACUGUUGUGUUGCUUAGCGUGUAGAGUUCUCGCUUAACCCAUCAAAAUACUUUUAUUUAUUGCCAUUAUACGGGGCUUGUCAUGCAUAUCCAUAAACCUGGUCCCACCCCGUUGAACCUGACAGGCAGGAUCUUGGCAAAGAUGACGGACAGAUGAACCAAUCAAAAUGCAGAACUUUGUGAGAGGAGUCGGGAACCAAUGAAAUGUUUCUGAUUGAACAGGUUGGAUUCAAGCAGCAGAUGUUGUGAAUUCAGAAGACAUUUUGACAGGAAAACCUGAUACAUAACUGAUGUAAAACGAGUCAAACCUGAUUUAUGGCCAAGGAUAUGUUAAUAAACAUAUCAAAACAAUCGCAAUUAUGUUGAAAACUAUUGCAGGAAUACAUGCAACAAAGUAGAAAGCUAGAGUAAUGUAAUGAGUUUUUUAAACCCUACAGCCUGUUCAGUAACACUUCUAAGGUUUUUCCUAGAGUAUUUUGCACUACGAACUUGUGACCUUGUGCAACUGAGCCAACAAUCCUAAUGAGGCAAAGAAGUAUUAUUAAUGUUGCAUGUUUUUGGUAUGUAUUUAACACAGGCAUUAAACAGUGUUAGUUACUUGUUAAAUGAAAUAACCCUAAAAAAGAAUCUAUUAAAGAUAUAUUAAAAAAUUAAAA